UUGUUCUUACUUUUGGUCUUGUCUAGUAGUGAAAUAAUCCGAUGUUGAAGGCUAGCUCUGUAGUGGAGGCUGAACUCAUGUUUGUCCUCUGCCUGUGUUCAGUGUGACGAGUUCAAAUCUAAAUAUCUUACUGUAUUGUAAAUUCAUUCAUUUAAAGUUUGCAAUAGAUACUUUUGCAGAGAAUUUUUUUUUUUUUUUUUUUUUUUUUUGGUUUGUUUUAUAAAUCAUUUAAAAGAGAAAAUAUAUUGUUUAAGUAAAAAACACCAUGUCACUUGCUUUAUUCAGCUGUACAUUUAAUGCAGCCUCUCUAAUACAGUGAAUGGUAUGUUUGAAGGCGGGAAAAACAGAGGCUACCUCACUCACAUUUAUAUGGAAUUCAAUAAAAAAAGGAAACCAAUUGUUGGCUGUCGUUGAAAACUAGGUUUAAUUUUUCCUUUAAAGUUUCGCAGUUCUCUAGUUUUUACUAAUUCAUCGCAGAUUUAAACCAAAUUGCCGAACAAAAUACGUUUCUGCUGCUAUUAGUAGUUACAAAAAAGAUAAUUGUUCUGGAACUAAUUAUUCUUGUGAGGGCUGUAGUGCUUUUUUACUGUUAGCCUCGUGAUUUAAAUAGCGACAGUAAAAAAAUAAAUAAAUAGUCGUAUGUAACAAGAAUUAAUAUAGACAAAUAAAACACGCGUGUUAAAAUGCAGUAUGUGUAGUAGACCUGCAUGAAAAGCGCUGGAACGGUCUUUCGUUUGUGUUCCUGGCCGUGAAGAGUUCUCAUUCGGAGCAAAGGGUUCUGCACGUUUGCGGCGUAGUCCAACACCGCUUUCUUGAGCGUUUUCUGCCAUCUUGUGGACACAUAAGAGAAGUAUGUUUUUAUUUUUAAUGUCUCAACAAGUGGGGAUUGUUACAGAAGUUCUUCCAGGGUGUUUAGUUGUUUUGUUUAUAAAGCGUUGCUAAACUGAGGUAGAGUCGGACACUUAAACUUGACGGAAAUCAUUAUUCUUGUGAAUGUAUUCUAUUACAGGUAACAUCCACAAAAUAUUAUAUAUUUUGAAAUCUUUUCCUACAGUUUCCAAAUAAGUAGUAAUUAAGCCUAGAAGUUUAAAGGAAUAGUUCACCCAAAAAAGUAAAUCAUGUCAUAUACUCACCCUUAAAUAGUUCCAGAUCCAGAUCUAUUUUUUUCUGCCAAACACAAAGGAAGAUAUUUUAGAUCUAUUUGUGUUUAAAGAAGCAUCAGUAUAUUCAAGCAUAGCAUUAUAUGAAUAUUAACAGGAAGCGUCUCACUUUACCUGUAUUCACCCUAAACAUUAUUAUCCUUACUGUAGAGAUCAGUUCUGAUUCGGUGUUAUUUAUUUAUAAAGCUCUUUUCUUCACUUAAAAACCACUUUGAGAAGUAUAUGUAAUGAAUAGAUGGAUGGAAGGCUUCAAACUAAUGGUUUCCAAUUUCUUCACAAUGGCACAAACAAAAUCCUUCAGUGGGUCUCUGUGAAGGGAAGGAAAUGCCAUGGGGUGAAUUCAGCCAUGCGUCCUCUUAUUACUAUAAAACACACCUGCCAUUCAGAGUAAAACAGGUCUUCGCUGGUUUCUCAGGCCUCAUCUCCAGUGUCCCUGUAAGGGGUCAUCUAUGACCCUUUUGUCCAGAUCAGCUCCCUGAACUCGUAUAAAGCCACAAAAGACACAUGAGCCUUUCAGAAGGACACCGGCACUCGACAUGAAGCUGAUCAACAUCUUCCUGACUGUUCUAGUCUUUAUAAAUGCUGUACAUUCAGCAGCUAUGAGAGAAGGAAGUGAAGAUUUGUUACGUUUUUUGAAGGAUGCAUUUGAAAUGAAUCAGCCUCUUGAGCACUCUGAUCCAACACAGCUCUCGGAAAUGGAUCUAGCAACAGAGAAGAUUCUGGAUCCUGUACAUCCAACAGAUCCGACUGCAGAAUGCAAAGCCCAAGAAAUUCUUGUCAACUCUGCUGGCAUGUUUUAUUGUUUCUUCUUCUUUUUCUUUUCUUUAAUCAAAGCAAAUGUUUGCACUUCGAAAAUAUUGCCCGUCUAAAAAGGUGUUUUAACUGAUAUAGACUUUCCCAAUACAACACCCAAGCCAAAUCUGGUUGAUCUUGCAGAUGUUACCGAAGAGAGAUCAAUCGAGAGUAGCAAUUCAGACAGCGGAUUAGCGGAAAGAGCAUCAACUGAAGACAGCAGAGAAGGUGACGGCGACAAGAGGUCACAGCCCAGAACAGCUCUCAAAGAGAGUAUGAGUGUGGACAGGACUGGCAUAAACUUAGACGUGACUGAUGGCUCAGACAAACAUUAUGAUAAAUCAACAGUGAUUGAGGAAGUUAGCAGUCAGGAAAUGGACGGACCUGAGGAGAACGGGAGAUACCGACCUCCAAGGACCUGGAAGAACUCUUUGGUCACAGACACAGGAAGACCAUAUCUGGACUUUAUGAAAAAAGAGGAUCGCAUAAUUCAGAGUUUUGCCGAUAGAAUGAACCUCGAAGACCAGACUGGUAAACUACAUGAUACCGAUAAACACCUGAAGGAGAGUCUCGGAAGAGCAAUGGAUUUGGACAGCCCAGAGUUUGUGGACACUCCGGACAGAGCAGACCUGUAUGACAGUGAAGAACGUGGUGGGGGUCGAGGGACAUUUCAGACACAAAUCUCAGGAAGCAAAGUGAAACUGAGCUAUGCUGUUAACCAGGACGCACUGGACAACAGCAGGGAGCCGGCCGAUCGGAUUCCAGGAUGCACUGAAACAUCUGUUGAACGUCCCAUGGAAGAGAACAGCAGCCUUGAUGCCCCUAAUGUGGACCAGGAGAUUCAAAAGGACGCAAUGAUGUCCCAUCAGAACCAGCUAAGAAAAAUAUGUCCCACCAAGAGAGAACGAGCAUCCAGCAAGCCAAGAGCACCGCUGGAUUUAGAUAGUCCAGAAACAGGGAACAGUGAACUUCUGGAUAGAGACAGCAGAGAGAGGCUGGAAUAUGUGGCAGUUCCUUUAUAGAGAGUUACGUUUUUGCCCAAUCUUUUAUUAUUAUUAUUAUUGUUUUUCAUUUUUGUUUUGACUGUGUGAAUUUGAUAUCUGUUUGAACUAAUACCUUUUUUUUGGUUGUACUUGCAUAUA